AUGAGCUUCCAGCACGCGACGCCGUCCGUGUCCACGGGCGACACCAACCCCUCCAACGGCACCCCUCAGCCCCAAAACACCAUCGCCAACCUGCCAGGGGGCCGACAGUCUGGAAAUGUGACAGUCUAUCAGACCUCGGGUCCCGACGCCUACACGGAUCCCAUUCCUGCAUCCGACGGCUCCGGCCCAGCGCUCAACCCACGAUCCUGCGUCACCUGUCGAAGGCGGAAGGUACGCUGCGACAAGCAGAUGCCGUGCUCCAACUGUCGAAGAGCACUGAUUCCCUGCGUCUUCCCGGCCCCUGGACGUGCGCCGCGACAGCCCAAGCCCAGGGACCCGAAUGCAGCGCCAAGGUCAACAACAAGCCAGCGUGAGGUCGAGCUUACAAAGCGACUUAGGAAGCUGGAAGGGAUCGUCGAGGAGUUGAGUGGGCAGAUCGAGGUCGAGUCAGGGAGCAAGGGGCCCUCUUCUGCAGGCUCGCCCAAUUCCCCAGGCCAUCCGCCCCUAAGGCGGUCCACAGGCUCCGGCUCCAUGUCGACUCCUGCCGCGAUGGUCUCAAACACCGGCGGUCCUGAAGGUGAUAACUACAUCGAGCACAGCGUCAAUGGUCCGAAAAAAGACAUCUCCCAUCGUCUUGGCCGUCUGGUCCUGAACGAUCACAAGGGGAAUACACGAUAUGUGUCCAACCUCUUUUGGUCCAAGCUGAACGACGAGCUUGACAGUUUGCGCAAAGACACUGUACGCUUAUCGGAUGGCGAUGCCGAUGAAACAGAUUAUGAGGAUACCCCCGACUACUCGCCCGACGGCACUCAAGGACACCUUACCAGUGAUGAUCAUCAAGCGUUCAUAUUUGGCUACAAGGCGGCAGACGUGGACCUACUUACAUGCCACCCCCCAGCAUCUCAUGCACCUCAACUGUGGGCGACGUAUCAAGAUCGGGUCGAGCCGCUUCUCAAGAUUCUCCACGUACCCACAAUGGACGAGAUCAUGAAGGUGGCGCGCCAGACACCCGAACGCCUCUCGCGGGCCCACGAAGCACUGGUCUUUGCCGUCUACUUCAGUGCCGUCGUGGCGAUGGAGCCAGGCGAGCUGCUCGCUGAAUUCAAUGCUGACAAGGAGACCCUCUUGCGCCAAUACCGCUUCGCAUUGGAGGUGGCGCUCGCCAGGGCCAACUUCUUGUUCACCUCGGAGCUUGCUGUGCUCCAAGCCUUUACGCUCUUUCUCAUUGUGGUGAGAUCUGUGGAUGAUAGCCGCUUCUGCUGGACACUGACCGGCUUGGCCAUCCGGAUCGCCCAGGGCAUGGGCAUUCACAGAGAUGGGUCACAAUUCGACAUGACACCAUUUGAGACAGAGAUGCGUCGGCGCGUUUGGUGGGCCAUCCUAGUGCUCGACCUUCGCUCAGCCGAAGAAGUCGGCUCGGACUUGGUCGUCACCGAGAAUGCAUUCGACACCAAGAUGCCCACAAGCAUCAACGAUGUAGACAUCUGUCCCGAGACGAAGGACAUGCCUAGGGCCCGCCAAGGGCGGUCUGACACGGCCGUGGCUCUUGGUCGAUAUGAAGUCCUACUGAUAUCGAGACGGUUCAUCGGUGAACUGCCCAUCAAGGCCACCCAUAUCAACCUUGCCGAGAAGGAGCGAAUUCUCGUGGAAGCGUACGAGCGCGUCGAGCAGCGUUUCGUCAACCGGUUCAUGGACCAGAACGACCCACUAUGGUUCCUGGCCUCCAUGAUUGCGAGGAUCAUUGUCUCCAAAAUGUGUCUGAAUCUCUAUCAAACCACAGUCUUCCCUGGAAACGACAGCGCUGUCAGCAGUGUGCCGGACCAAGACACGAUCCGUGACCGCGUCUUCAUUGCAGCCAUUGAGGUGGUGGAAAUUGGCAACAGACUUCUCUCAGACGAGAGGUGCAGGCGGUACCGCUGGCUUUUCGCGACCUACACCAAUUGGCAUGCAAUCGCCUUCAACCUGAUCGAACUCGGUCGCCGACCGUGGUCCGCACUGCUCGAGCGGUCGUGGGAGGCUGUGCGGAUGAACGACCUAGACCCCGUGGAGUUGGCCAAGCACAGCGGCCAUGCAGUCAUCUUCCUGCCCCUGCGCAAGCUGUUCUUCCGCGCCCGCCGGCACCGCGAAGCAGAAUUGUUGCGACUUCGGUCGGACCCGGAAGCAGCGCGUCUCCUUGACUUGGCCGAGCGCACAAACCCAGCAACAGCCCGUUUUGGUCCCACCCCUGGCAACGAGAGCAGGAUGGACGAGGUCCGACUCAGGUGGUGGGACUUGGUUACUGUUCGGCCAAAUAUCGCACAGACCAUGAUAGGUAUGCCCUUGGCGCGGCACGCGAACAAUCCGAUGGGCAUGUCGAUGGCAUCCCAAGCGUCUGGAGCGCCUGACCAUCAAAAUGUAGCAGCGAUGGAACUGCUUGACGAUAUCAUGGCCCAGCCCAACCCGAACCUUGCUACGCUCUGGGCAUUGGGAGAAGACUGCUCGCAGGGAAACAAACUAAGCUUCUCCAGCGCCACAGGCACACCACAGCAGCACGCUAUGCAAACGGGGGAAAGCGCCCUGCGGCGGCAAGCCAUGGCGCUGCAGGCUCGAGCUGCGUCGCAGGGCCUGGGUGUAUCGCAGGACCAAUACCCCCCGCAAAACAUGUGGGACGAAGCUUGGGAUGCACUAGGACCGUAUCAGCCGUCGCUUGUUGAUCAAGGCAUCGGGCCCAAUGAGGACCUGGACAUGCUGGAUGGCGACUUUGACUGGACCGAAUGGACGAGCACACUUGCGACGUACGACAUGGGCGGGAUGCAAGGUCACCCAGGACAAGAUGUAUAG